AAUCUUGCUCAAUGCACAGAUAUAUUAUAUUUAGCUCCAUGCUCAAUGAAGACAGACUUUUAUCGAACGCAAGGGACUGUUAGCCUUUCAAUCUGUUAAUCACUGGGCCAUGCUUCAAUUUUCAAGCUUUAAAUACAAAAGGGUUGUUAUUACGCAUAUUAAGAUAAUGAAAAGACACAGAAGUUGAAAGUAUGCCUAUGCUUUGUGCAAUAUAUAAGAAAUUCAAACCAAAUGUUCAUAUCUUUCAGAAAAUGCAGGCAAACUACUCACCAGGACAAUUGAAGAAGGCUUUAUCUGCUGUUCGACAGAAGAAACAGCCGAUCAAGACUGCAGCCCGGGAGUUUGGGAUACCUAAAAGCACUCUGUAUGACAGGUUACAGGAGAGACCAUUGGACAUCUGCAGCCGGAAGAAGCUCCCGAGGCUGUUGACUGUAGAAGAGGAAGGGGCCCUGGUAGAAUUUGUACUUUACAUGGGCGGUCAGGGCUUCCCCAUGACUAGGACCAUGAUUCGUGUGUAUGUGCGGGAGAUUUUACGUAGAACAGGACGUGUGUCCCUCAUUUGCAUGGAAACUGGACCGUCUGAUAAGUGGUUCCGGGGUUUCCUCGCCAGACACCCACAACUGUCGGAGAGAACCCCGGAAAACCUGGACAAGUCUAGAGCGAGAAUGUCUAGUCAGUAUACAAUGGACGGCUGGUUUGAGCUCCUUAAGAAAGUUUUGAGGGACAAGAAGCUCGAGAACAAGGAAGGACAGAUUUUCAAUGUAGAUGAAGUGGGUUGGUCGGGGAAGGAGAGAAAGAAGGUGAAAGUGUUUGGACAGAAAGGGGCCCACUGCUUUGCGGCCAACAAUAUCACAUCAUGUGAACAUGUGACGGUCAACAUGUGUAUUUGCGCAGAUGGCAGAAUACUACCGCCAAUGAUAAUAUAUAAAGAAUCGUUACCACACAGGUCCAUGUAUGACGGAAUACCUGGAAGUUGGCUGUACGGCAAGAGCGAGAACGGCUACAUGGACGGUGACCUGUUUCUGACGUGGUUUAAAGAAAUAUUUCUGAUUAACUGCGGCAGGGAGAGGCCCGUCCUGUUAGUCAUGGACAACCAUGAUAGCCAUGUUACAUUGCCAUUGGUGGAGACUGCCCGUUUAAAUGAUGUUGUACUGCUCGGGUUGCCUGCCCACACAACGCACAUUCUUCAACCAUUGGAUGUAAAAGUAAAUGGACCACUGAAGACCAGAUUCAGUAAUCUGGCGACGCAUCUGGGCUUCGCCAACCCAAGCCUGUCAAUAGGAAGAGCGAGAUUUCCUGUAGUUCUGCGUCACGCAAUAGAACAGACGACACCCUCCUCUGUUAGGCAGGCGUUUGUGGCUACCGGCAUAGUGCCAUUUAACCCACAAGCAAUAGAUAAAUCACAAUUAGUUCCAGCAACUUUUACUAAAACAAAUGAACAGACUGGUGAAAAGGAAAACAGCAAUGUUAAAACAUGUGAGGCUUGUGGGUCAUUCCUGACAAAUCCUUUAGUGGAUCAAGGGGUCAUACCGCAGUCAAUUGCGCAGGUGUUGGUGCCACCGCCACAAAAAACAACGGGAAAAUCAAAAUCUUCACGAAUUGUGACCGAGGGUCGGGUUAUAAGUGGCGAUGAAAUGCUGAAAAAAUUAGAAGAGAAGGAGGAGGUCAUGCGACGCCAGAUGGAGGAAAAGGAGGAGAGGUUGAGGUUAAAAGAACAAAGGAAACAGCAGAAAGAAAAAGAAGAAGAAGAGAAAGUUGAGAAGAAGAAACGACGGGAGGAAGAAAAGAAAAAGAAGGAACAAGAACUUAAGGAGGAGCGAAUGAAGAAGGCUGUUGGGGGACGCUUAGCACAUAAACGUUUUACGUGUGCUGUGUGUGGGGAGAGAGGGCGUGUGAAUGACGAAAUGAAUGGAGUUAUGUGGUAUGGGUGCGAUGAUGGUAUGUGUGGGCGUUGGUAUCAUGAGGAGUGCUUGGGUCAGAGUGAGAAUGAGUAUCUGAAGGAGAGUGAAAGUGAUGAUUUGCCUUGGUAUUGUGCCGUAUGUAAACCGUGGUUGUAUGAGGAAGAGUAAGAGUACGAGAAAUUGUGAUGUUAAGAUUAUGUCUGAAUGUAUUUCUUGAUGUUUUUUAGUUAUUUCAUAAAUUUGUGUUUUAUAGAUGUUUGUUUUGAGUUUAUAUAAUCAAAAUGAUGAAAUAAAUGUGAGAAUAGUUAUAUGUCAAGAUUAGUUUGUUAAUUUUAUUUGUCUGCGCGCUUACCAUUGUAUACAAUGUAUACAGUUGUAUAUAGAAAAUUAUAUAUAUCUUACAUCUGUUUGAUAGGAUACACAGUGUAAUCUAUUUCAAAAACAUAAGCCAGAUAAUUUAAGCUAGAAUAGCUGUUGCCGUUAUGGUGAGUUCAUUGUCAUACGAAUUGUAGAAUGUUACCACAAACGAGCAUGAGUAAAUUUAACUGUCUCAUUGAAACACUCGAUCUGGCAGAAGAAAGCGUUCACAUUCUUAAUAGGCCUAGUUGUUAAACAUUCAUAAGACUAUUUUAAGCACGAUAAAAGUCUCGUUUCUUCUUUAAUCUAAAUAGACUAUUAUACAGUGUCACUCUUUUUAGAUCCUUAAAUAAUAAAAUUGAUUUUUUACGUUCUUUAGAAAAUUACUAAGUUUACAUCACUUAAGACAAGGUUGACGUCAAAAUAUUUACGUCAAGAGCUCAAUACCAGACCUCAUAAACUAGCUUAUAACGAUUUCAAAUUUAAUAAUAAAAUUCUCAAAUUUUCGGCAAUUGCCGCUGGAAUAUUGCUUAUGUGAACAGUAUUGUUUUUAAACCAUACAAGCCAUUACUUUGGCUAAAUUAUAGCUAUAUACUGCCUGUCCGGACACAUGGUACUGUAGUCUGGAUAAUUUUGACACUUUGGUACACCCCCGCACGGGCCUCAUACACGAAUGUCUACGUAAUCGGAAGUAAACAAACCAGCUCUUC